GAUCUGCGCCCAGAGGGAUCUGAUGCUCAUUGAAACCGCGAAACAUCACUUUAGCGCUUUGCCAGCAUCGCGGAUCCUAUCUUGGUUCGCGCCAGUCACUGUUUACCAAACGCGACUGGUGACAUCAAACAUGCGCUGUGCAGUGUGAUGACGGCGACAACAACAACGACACAGGCUCGCGCCGUGGUCUAUGAGUACAGAACUGCGUGAUUUCGUCUGACCUGGCUAGAGACAGGUCUUUUGCUUGACGACGUCCGGUGAACUCGCAGACGAAUUCACUUGGAUAUUCGCAUUGCGACUUGCGACAACAUGGCCCCUUCUGUCGCGAGAACACCUCCCGCUCAGUCUCCAUCACCAACAGCGAGCACGAUGGCCGAUGUGCCUAGUCCUGCAGCUGCAUCGCCGUCAUGGCAUUUCCCUGGCCCUUCGUCGCGAUACCACCUUCGUGAGCGCUCCAACUCGCAAGGCAAGGUCUCACGCCCGGCAUACUACUACGCAUCUACAGCACCGACGCUUGCGACCGAGAUUCGUGCUCACCGCCGUACGCGCUCGAGCUAUACAACUUCUCAAACCUCUUCUCAAAACACCCCACAUGGACCGGCGGCCUCCUCCCCGCGACCUGUUUCCAACCAUGCGCGAAGCCCGCUCGGUCGGUACCUGCCUGACGAUCACGACACCAUCAAGUCCCACUCUCGACAUGCUCACCAUGCUCAUCGCCGGCAUCCCUCACAGCCCGUCACUCCGGCCAAAAAUUCCACUUCUCGCCGCCGUGUCGCCCGCGACUCGCCCUUUUCUGACUACUUCACCGAUGAGGCGCGAUCUGUCGACCAGGCAGUCAUACCGACCGCUGCUCAGCAAGUUCUUGCGCACCUUGCAAAACUACAGUCAAAGCUGAUUCGCCAUGCAACGAAUGGAAGCGGGGCGGAUGGUGGUAAAAUCGAGGGUUUCGCAGCAUUGGCGCUGGUGGAGCAGAAAUUGAGCGAGAUUGACACAGCAAUGAGCGGACUAUCGUGUGUAUCGCGGCGCAAUCGCACGCGCCAGCAGCUCAGUGAUUCGGGCGUGGAGCUUGAAGCAGAGGACGAAGGGGACGAGGAUACCAAUAGCCAUGACGGCGGAAACUACCACAACAUCAACACGUCUUUUGAUGGCUCGGUGACUUCUUCGUCAUCCAAUCCGACCUCACCGUUCAACGACUCGCCCUACCUGGCCGCCACGCUGGACAGUCUGACAACCUCACCGGACACGACACCGCUCCCUCCACCACAAUUCAGCGCCGCCACCGCCACGACCAUGAAUCAUCCGCUGCGUCUCCACACACAAAUGGCGACUAUUGUCCGUAGUGUCAGCGUCGCGCAAACCGAACUGAGGCAGCGCUGUGCUGACGCACGCUUCAGCAACGAGCAUCACCGAGAUCAGCUCGAGGGACAAGAGAGUGCCCUGGACGUACUGAGGUCGGAGAACGAAAGCCUUCGGGCGGACCUGGAACUGGAGAAUUGCGAGCUGUUGUUCCUGAAGCUACAAAUGAAGGCGAUUCAGCUGCAUGUUGGAAGCGACCCAUCUCGGCACGAUGGCACCACGGAGGCUACUAAGCAGAAACAGGAAAGCAGUCAAGUCCUUCAGGAUAUUGAACGGUGGCAGGAAGAUUGGCAAGACGUAGCGGAGAGAUUCGAGCGCAGGAAAAGCCGAUACGAUGAAGACACUGUGCUGUCAAAGGGGUCUUCGCCGCAUGGGCCGCUCAGUCCGAAUCAAUUUGUCGGCCUCGAGACCAUCAAAGCCGGACAAGAAACUGAUCCACGCGUGCAAUGGCGGCUUGCGAUUACGAAGGAUGAGCAUCACUCAGGUCGGGUCAAAUCUGUCACAAUCGAACGCGUCCCAGACGUUGAAGAAAUACUCGACAACGAGGCUGGACCCGAGCGCGAGGAUCGUGAUCCCCAGGAAUCAAGCCUGAAGCUCGAUGAAGUGCAUGAUGAACCACUUGUGCUCGUAGGCGGGGCUGCGGAACCCCUCGCAGAGCUCGCAGAGCCACAGCUAGAUGCACCGGGCCUGACUGCGGCAGAGACGAACAGAGACCAUGACGACGACGAAGUUGCUGACGAGAUUGAAUCCGUGCAAGUCGAAAAUUUCGAGACUGGUUUUGUCGAAAGUGCCACUGAGCCCAAGUCAUCCGCAUAUGUUGAUCAGAGCACGCAGACCGAUCCUCUACUUGAUUUGCCGCUACUGGCUUUCCCCGACGAACUAUACCCUGCCCUUCCGGAAGAUGACGAUCUGUCGAAUCCGGACGAAAGAUCUUCCCUGGAAGAAGCGAUUACUAUGGCACCGUCUUCUCCAUUGGCGAAAAGAAAAUCCGCUUGGGAUGAGCUUUGGGAUGGAUUAUCAACAUUUGCAGGCAUGGAAGACGACUGAACAAGAUUGACCGACGAUAUUCACUUUUCUUUUCUUUCUUCUGGGGUGACAAUCAGACUGUUGGAUGUUCACAUUACUUGUACUUUUUUCCUUGGGAGGCGGCGUUUGUCCCACUUCACUUCAAUUUCUUUUCUUUCUCAUGAUGUUGUACUUAACGACCCACGCCUCGCGGCCAUUUGUUCAUCAUUUCCAAUCCUCGUAUCCUUCGGCAACAACGUCAUCC